AUGCUAGAUUGCAAGCCUGCAGAAACCCCCAUGAUGCAGAACCAUGGUCUUCGACUGACUGAAGGGGCUGAACUUACGCACCAAACGAGAUAUCAACGCCUGGUGGGUAAGCUUAUCUAUCUCUCUCAUACCAGACCAGAUAUUGCAUAUGCCGUGGGAGUAGUUAGUCAGUUUAUGCAUAAACCUCAAGCCGACCACUGGGAAGCGGCCUUGAGAAUUGUGCGCUACUUGAAGGGGACAACAGGAUACGAGAUUUUAUUCGAGAACCAUGGAAACUUGGAGGUGCAUGGGUUCACCGAUGCAGAUUGGGCGGGGAAUCCAAAUGACCGAAAGUCGACUGCAGGGUACUUUACCUUCGUGGGAGGUAAUCUUGUGACUUGGCGGAGUAAGAAGCAAAAGGUGGUAGCCUUAUCAAGUGCAGAAACAGAAUUUUGUAGGAUCAAGAGUGGAUUGACAGAGAUCCUAUGGCUGAAGAAGUUAAUGACAGAACUUGGCUUGAUGUCAAAAGAGCCGUGCAAACUCUUUUGA